AAUUUGCAACCUUCCGGCAGUUCAAAAAUAUUUUUUGGUUUUAUUUAUGUCAAACGAAAAUGAGAUUAUUUUAUUUUAUAAUUGUAUUAUUUUCAGGAACAUUUGCUCAUGUUCGACAUAAAGUUCAUUAUAUGGAGCCAGAUAGUAAUAAUAAUUUGGUCUGUGAUAGCUUGUGGAUGAAUGUUCCUAACAUUUAUUGUUACAAAGGGAAGCCAAAAAAUAUUGUUCACAUAUGGGAAACUAUACAGCUCCAUUUAAGUCUGUCUUCUGAUGAAUUUGAGCAGUUUGAUGGAUCUUCUGCUGAAGAGGUUUUGUCGAAAAUUGAUAAUCAAAAAACAUCAUGGAAUUUCAAUUUCUACAAAACAAAGAAAAAAGUGAUCAAGUUAAAUCCAUUUAAUACUACUUGUGUUGGUGUCAUUACCGACAAUACAUACAAUAUCAAGCUCACACGCAUUCGUGUUGACUAUUGGAGAAUACUUACCUUCGCCUGUGGAAUAUCCCUUUUUUUAUUUGCUCCCAAGCUUAGCAGCAAUUCAUUAUUUUACUACAUUUGUGGUGUCUCUUUUGGUACUUGUGCUUCCGUCUUGAUUUUGAUUUUCAUUAUGAGUAGACUUCUCCCAAAGAAACCAAUGAUGUACAGUUUCCUUGUCGGGGGAUGGACUAUCGGACUCUAUUUAUUCCAAUUUCUGUGGGACAACAUUCGCACAAUUGCGUUAGAAUAUCAGUCUUACGUCUUUUAUUAUAUAAUUGCAACUGGAGUUAUUAGUUUUAUAAUUUGUUAUCGUAUCGGACCUGUAUCAGAUCCAAGGAGUAUUAACAUUAUAAAAUGGCUAAUGCAGGCCGUUGGUCUUGGUUUAAUAUUUAUGAGCAGUGACUUUAAGGAGGCGACUUUGGCAUUCGACAUGCUUCUUCUUGUCUGCUACGUUUUGCCUUUUCAAUCUUUUCUACGUUUCUCUAAGAAAUGUUUCAGAUGGUACAGGCCGAAACCUAGACCAUUGCUUAGUGAGGACGAGUUUCAUCAUCAGGGUGUUAUCGAAACUGAGAAAGCUCUAGAAGAAUUGCGUGGAUACUGCUCCAGUCCCGAGUGCAAUCAAUGGAAGACAGUUCUCAAAUUACGCAAUCCUAUGAGUAAUUAUCGUCAUAAGGCUGUUCAAGCGAACCUUGAUAGCUCAGAUAACGAAAACUAUGAGAUAUUUACAUCUGAUAUAAUAAAGAAUGGAUCAAACAGCACCAAUAUAAAAAAGUAUGAGAUAUUUUCAUCAGAUAUUAGAAAGAAUGGAUUAAAGAACACCGAUAACAAAAAAUAUGAUAUAUUUUCAUCAGAUAUUAGAGAGAAAGGAUUAAAACAAAAUGAUGUUCGGAAGAGAUUUCUUACCAAACCUAAAGCUGUGAAUCGGUUUGCGAAAUUUGUUGAAGGUUCUUCCCACUUAAUCGAUGAAGAGGUUCUAGCUUUUGAAACUGAUGUUAAACAGAGUGAAUUCGAUGAUUUACUCACCGACGAUUCUUCAUCUUCGACUGACUAGAUUAAACGAUGUUUUAAAAAAAAUUUUAUUGAACUUGUAACUAAUUGUAAAUUUAAUGACUUUGCGGAAGUGUUGAUGAAGUGAUUGUUACUAUAAUUAUUGAAAUCCGGAAACAAUUUCAAUUCACCAUCUGUUAAUAGUGGCAGUACAGUUUUAGUUUUCAGUGUUCCCUGUGUGAUUGUAAUUUCAACAUUGUGCCAUUGUUUUCUAACUUAUCUUUUAUUAUUAUAUUUUUUGUUUGCAUUUUUAAUAAUUUUAAAGUGAAUUUUCAGUGAAGUAUUUUUAAUACUGUUUGUUAAAUACCUCUUGUACUUAUUGUAAUGAUGUCUGUAAUAUCUUUUGUAUUAUAUGAAAACAAGUAAUUUCGAUGUUUGACACAUGUAUUUUAGAUAUCUUUACCAUCUGUGAUAUUCUAAUUUUAAAAUUUCAAAUCCAAUGUACUAUUCUGUCAUUCUCUUUUUUCUAGCUUUACUUAGAUAUUUUUUAUAUGGAAAAAAAAACGCCUUCACUAAUGAGACUGUGUAAAUUUUAUGUGAUGAUAUUAACAAUAAAGUAUUUAAAAGAUCUGUACUAUUUAACUGAAUAUUGGUAAUAGUAAAUACUCC